AUGGGAGAUGUUCCCAAGGUUGACCCUCCCAACAAACUGGUAGGUCCCAAGGUUGACCCUCCCAACAAACUGGUAGGUCCCAAGGUUGACCCUCCCAACAAACUGGUUUGUCCCAAGGUUGACCCUCCCAACAAACUGGUAGGUCCCAAGGUUGACCCUCCCAACAAACUGGUUUGUCCCAAGGUUGACCCUCCCAACAAACUGGUAGGUCCCAACGUUGACCCUCCCAACAUACUGGUAGGUCCCAAGGUUGACCCUCCCAACAAACUGGUAGGUCCCAACGUUGACCCUCCCAACAAACUGGUAGGUCCCAAGGUUGACCCUCCCAACAAACUGGUAGGUCCCAACGUUGACCCUCCCAACAUACUGGUAGGUCCCAAGGUUGACCCUCCCAACAAAUUGGUAGGUCCCAUGGUUGACCCUCCCAACAAACUGGUAGGUCCCAACGUUGACCCUCCCAACAAACUGGUAGGUCCCAAGGUUGACCCUCCCAACAAACUGGUAGGUCCCAAGGUUGACCCUCCCAACAAACUGGUAGGUCCCAAGAUUGACCCUCCCAACAAACUGAAAGAAAACGAUAUUGUUUUAGUAGGCGGGGAGUGGGUUUUGCAAGAGUUCAAACCUGUAUCCGGGGAGUGGGUUUUGCAAGAGUUCAAACCUGUAUCCGGGGUGUGGGAUUUGCAAGAGUUCAAACCUGUAGCCGGGGAGUGGGUUUUGCAAGAGUUCAAACCUGUAGGCGGGACUGUGUUCAAUUUCACUUCGAACACAGAUGACAUCACCAAAAAUAGAAGAACAAAGAUAUAA